AUUACUGUUUUGUAUAUAAUACAAUAACAUUUUAUAUUAUAAUUUUUUGUCCCAAAUUUUGCACCUAUAUCUUGUUACAUAAAUUUUGCUUAGUUGAAUAUACACAUAAGUAAAUAUACACUUUCACAGCCACGUAGAUUAUGAGUGAUGUCACCAAUAAAUAGUAGGCAUGUUUGGACAGAGUAUCUUGUGCAUAUUUCCAUAUUUAUUUAGUCUAGUAAGUUCAAAUGGCUUGCUGCUUUUGUACCGACCUUGGGAUAUUAGUAACGACUGCGCUUUCUCUCAUUACUUGCGAUACGAUUUGUCCUUUGGAAUGGGCAUGUCUGACACUAUCACUCUGGUAUUACGAACACUAAGUGAGAUCGACUACGAAUGCAUAGUAGAUAUUACGACAGAUGGCGACAAGUCGCUACUGAUUGUAAUACGCUUCCCCAUCAACGUUGGGACUAAUUGUAUCGCCAAUGGAGAUGUCUUUACGGUGAUGAAGAAAAACAAAUGUUUGAGACUUUGUGAUUUAAUAGGAGAAAGAGAUGUCAAUUCGCCAUAUUUCAUAGUAUCUGUGAAAAAUAGGCUGCGAUUUCGAUUCUUGAGCAAUAGUAGUAUUAAUUCUGAAAUGAAUGCUAAUUUAUAUCAAGUUACAGCUACAUCGGCUCGAAAGAAACCUUCAGUAGGAUGUAACUUCAGGAAUGAGACUGUGUGUGUGAUCGGAGAUGACGAAUUUUGCUUUACCAGCGGUGUCGUAUGUGAUGGCAUCAAGAACUGUGGAGUUUCAGAUUGGUUUGAUGAACGUAAGUCUGAUUGUGCUUUGCCAGUGGAGCGGCUUGGGUAUGCUCCCGUCAUCACCGUCGCGGCGGUAGUUAUUUGCGCAAUUGUCGCUGUUGGUCACAAACUAAUGCAACAUCUACCGCCCACAACUAGCUCUUUCUUCAUUUUUAACGCUAACGAAGACAAUAGACUAUGUAUCGAUACAAUCUUCAUGCCUCCAGAGCUGAACUCUAAAGAGACGCUUAAAGUCAAAAGAGGGUCUCUUAUUCCGAUAUCAAGCUCUUCUUCGACUAGUGAUAGCGAAUCAUUGGCUUCUAUCCAAAUGGAUGAACAGUCCAAUAUUCUUGCACAAGAGAUGCAGACUCUAAAUAUGCUACAAAAACAAAAGAAACGGCAGAGACGUACUACUAUGCAUACAGUAAAGGAGAAAAUACAGAACAGGUUGCGAUCCGUAACGGUAAAAGAGAAGUCAACAGAAAGAAAUCGACAAGUGUUUCAAGUUUAAAAAUUACCUACAAGUCUUAAAAAUGGUAAAACUGUAAAAGGCAUCAAAAUUUAUUGUAAAUAUAUACCACAUAACACAUUUAAAUUUUUAGGUUCGAUUCUGAAGCACCAUUUCUGUAAAUCAAACUAUAAUUAAAAUUUUAAUUUGAUACCAACAGGAGCGAACUUUUUAUUAUAAUAACUAAGUAGAUUUAAUAAAUAUUGUUAAUUAUAAUGUUAAAUUUAGUUCCAUAAAACAGCAUUAUAUCGAAAUUAUAAAAUUAAAAUUGACUACUCUAUGAGAAAGGCCUAUGUUUAAUGAAUAAAUCAAAUUACAAUAUUAAGUGAAAAGAAAUAGCCCCUCAGAAUCGACCCCAUGUGUUGUCUGACUUCUUUGAUUAUAUAGAUAAAGCAUGAAGCCUCAAAAAUCGGUUAACAUUUUACAAGCCAAUUGUCAAAUUAGCCGACUCUUUUUUUUAUCAGGAUUGUAUAUAUUUAUGCAUAACAAAUAUCUUGACGUCUUAUUUAAUAAAUAAAUAAGUGUUUACACAUUAAAUAAAUGCAGAACUUUUAAGACAAACUAAAUAUAGAAGUUAUAAAGGAAUCAACUAUUUAACACGGAAACUGGUAUGAAAAAGUUCACCCGUUUUUCUCGAAGUAUGUCUAUGGAGACUAUUUAUAUAACCUAAGCUUAUAUAAAUUACAUCUCUGAUAUAUAUACCUAAAUUUCUACACCUUUAUUAAAAAAAAAUCACUAAUGAUUAAUUUCAUAUUAAGACAGAUAAUGUUAUGAUAUUAACUCUUGUUACCUAUCUAAUAAAUAGUUUCUGAUAAUUAUGUAGAAAGAGAAUGCUCAGGCAAAGGUAAUGUACUAUCCUCAAUACUUUGUAUGUUAUAAUAUUAGUACAAAUAAUAUUUAAACCACUAUAUAAACAGUAUUUAACAAAACUGAUUUAAUACUCUUAUUAUUCAGUCAGUAUAAUAUUAAUUUGCAAUUUUAUGUGCGAAA